AUAAGAAGAUUGGCCAAAAUGAGUGGUAAUGAUAAGGGUAGACGGUGGCUCGUCUGCAAAGGUGGCAGCUGUCGCCGGCGUUGGCCCCGGGUUGGAAGCGCAAGAGCGAUGACGAGGUUUCGGUGGGUUAUGGGCUGCACGGACGGUCAAGAUCGAUCCUGAGGCCGUGAGCUGCGUUUUGUGCUCCCAUGAUGCCUUUUCCGUCUGCUCUCCUUGCGGCUCCCUCACUGCCUGUCUGCUUGUUUGUCUGUCUGUCUGUCUGCCUGUCUGUCUCACGCGUGCUAUCUCUCGCGCGUUCUUGGCAUUUCGUGCCAUCUCCACGUGUGCUCUUUUUCCUCGGUUCAGACGGCCGUAUUGGGCGGCGUGAGCGCGCGAAGGGUUUCGCUUCGGCGGCUUCAAGGGGGGGUUCAGCCUCGGCGGCUGCAAGAGGGGGUUCAGCCUCGGCGGCUGCAAAGGGGGGUCCAGCCUCGGCGGCUGCAAGGGGGGGGGUUCAAGCUCAAUAUGUUUUCCUAUUAGUUAUUUGGGUUGAUUGCUAUUGCAUGCCCGCAGGUCCCAAUGAAGCUCCCGCUUUUUGCUGUGAGGAGGGCAGUUGGUGGUCGGCAGAUCGCUGUGAUACUCGUCAUCGUUACUGUUCUGGGCAUGUAUGGGAUUUUAACCGAUUUUUCCAUGUUUUAUGUCUCAGAAGCCGGGGAAUCUGUAUCCGGACUGUCUCGAAUCCGAAGCGGGCUCCCUAUUCUUGAUAAGUAUUUCGUGCCCGCAUUUGCAGGUGGGUUUAACGAGACGGAUGAGCCGCAAGGAAGUCAGGGGGAGGAUGGCGAGGGGGGAGGAGGAGGAAGAGGAGGAGGAGGAGGAGGAGGAGGAGGAGGCGGAGAAGGGGUAUUGCAACGGGUGUCGAGCGAACCAGAUGAGCAGGCGCACGAAGAUGCAGGAGGCGGAGAGGAAAAGUUGGAAGUACUGGAUGGACGGGAGCGGCCGCCCAAAGCGGCGAAUCAAACAGAGGGUGGGAGCGCUCUCUCUAUAGAUGAAGGGGUUGGAGAUGGGAGAGCAGGUGAAGUUGGAGGGAAGGGACAGGCGGUGGCGACAAUUGCAACAGCAAUGGAGACCCCUGGCGGUACUGUUCCUCGGGAAACAGUUGAGAAUGGGACAAUAGUCCAGAUCCCAACAGCUGGAGUCAAUGAGACAAAGGUCGCUACUUUGAUUGGUGCUGACGGUAAGGGAGGAGAGGGAGAGAAAAAUGUUAGGGUAUCAGGAAUAGCAGCGGAAUUUCAAGGACGACGACCAGGAGGAGAAACAGGAGGAGGAGAAAGUGGAAGAGGAGGAGAAAGAGGAGGAGGAGGAGGAGGGGAAAGAGGAGGAGGAGGAGGCGGAGGAGGAGGAGGAGGAGAAACAGGAGGAGGAGGGGAAAGAGGAGGAGGAGAAACAGGAGGAGGAGGAAUGAAUGGAAGGGAUAACAGUGGAUCGGAGGAAAAGGUGGCUGGCGAGGAAGAAAGGAAAGAGAAUAAUGGGGAUGUAGUGGGGGCACAAGUUGGUAGGGUUAUAUUAGCUAAUGAUUCGGCAGGGGAUAGAAUGAAUCAUUCAUCUUCGAGCAUUGCUGCUCCUCGGCCAAGUGCCACCUCGUUGAACUCGACCUCGACCGGUCUGGUCUUGAUUGGUUCCCAGUCGCCGAGGAACUCGUCGAUUAAUACCCGAGCAGCAGAGCUUUGGUUGCGAAGUCUGGGAAUGAAAGGCCCGAAAAUGAUCCCUCUGGCAAAUCGAGAUCGGCUUCAUGUUAUCAUGAGAGCUUACGAGGUUAGACAGGCACGGGUGGCGGCAGAAAAGGCGCUAGGGCGUAAAGUGACCGACGAGGAGGCGCUGAAAUUGACGUUUCCUGAUCUUCACUCAAUGACUGAUGCCGAGUUGCUUAAGGCGGCGCGCGCGGUGCAAAUCCCGAAUCAGGAGCGGCCUGAGUCAUCAUCAUCAUCAUCAGCAGCAGCAGCAGCAUCAUCAGCAUCAGCAUCAGCAUCAGCAGCAGCAGGUAGUUAUACGGCGAAAAUAGCCUUCAUGUUCCUCACCAGAGGGCCUUUACCGCUUUCGUGGGUAUGGAGAAGGUUUUUUAAGGGGAAUGAGGCGCGGUAUUCCGUCUAUGUUCAUGGCGAUCCGUCGUACAACUGGAUUGAGGACAUCACUCUGCAACGUGCCUUCUGGGGGCGAUACAUUCGAAGUGAGAGGGUGGAAUGGGGAGAGUGCUCGAUGAUUAAAGCGGAGAGGCGGUUGCUUGCCAAUGCUCUCUUGGAUCCGGCUAAUGAGCGCUUCGUAUUAGUUUCCGAGUCUUGUAUUCCCAUUAGAUCCUUUAGCUACGUGUAUGACUAUUUGAUGCUAUCGAAUCGCAGUUUUGUAGAUAGUUUUGAUGACCAGGGGCCAACAGGACGAGGCCGCUGGCACCCUGCCAUGAUGCCCGAGGUUCCGCUCUCUGCGUGGCGGAAAGGAGCGCAAUGGUUCGAGGUCACGAGGAAACACGCGCUGAUGGUUGUGAGCGACGACAAGUACUUCCCGAAGUUCCGUGACCACUGUUUGAACCGAUUAGAUCAUAGAUGGUGUUAUCCUGAUGAGCACUACAUUCAGACUUUUUUUCAUAUCCAGGUGCCAAAGGAGAUAGCUGCGCGCACAGUCACGUGGGUAGACUGGAGGGCGGGCGGGGACCAUCCACUAAACUAUCACGCGCAGGUCGUCACGCCGGCGCUCAUUGCCCGGAUCCAGGCACCAGAGUGCCCCCACAACACACCGGACGAUAUCAAAGGAUGCUUCCUCUUCGCUCGGAAAUUCGAUUCGAGCGCAGCUUCCGCGCUCGAGGCAUUGCCGAAUUCCGUGCUGGGAUAUUGACGGCCUGCCUGGGGUUCUCAGAUGAUGGUUCUAAGAUGGUUCGAUGAUGGUUCGAUGAUGGUUCGAUGACGGUUCGAUGAUGGUUCUAAGAUGGUUCGGUGAUAGUUCGAUGAUGGUUCGGUGAUGGUUCGGUGAUGGUUCGAAGAUGGUUCGGUGAUGGUUCGGUGAUGGUUCGGUGAUGAUUCUAAGAUGGUUAUUUCGAGCGCAGCUUCGGCGCUCGAGGCCUUGCCGGCUUCCGAGCUGGGGUAUUGACGCACUGGCGGCGGGCGGGGUAAGAUCGUUCUGAGAUGGUUGUAGGAUGGGUCAAAGAAGGUUGUGGGGUAUUGACGCACUGGCUUCGAAGGUAAUAAGAUGGUUGUUGGAUUGUUCUAAGAUGAACCGUAAGAUGGGUGUCGUAUCUGCUUCGCUGGGUCCUUGUGUAUUGCUGUAAUUUACCCCACGUUUGGCGGGGUGAUGUGCACGUGUGUUCCAGGCAUCAGACGGCUCCGGAGUUACUACAUGCUGCUUCAAACUUACCACCAGCACUGUGGGACCAGCAAGCUGGCAGGAAAUAGACGAAGGGACAGGGACUAGCAUAUAGAUCGUCCACAUGGGGUAGUUGGGAUUUGCUGUGGAAUGGACAUUCAUAUGGGAGUGGCCGAGGGAGCGGAGUGGGGUCACGGCAUAUACAUAACCUGGGUAGAGAUAAAAAAGGUAGAUGGAGAGAGAGAGAGAGAGAGAGAGAGAGAGAGAGAGAGAGAGAGAGAGAGAGAGAGAGAGAGAGAGAGAGAGAGAGAGAGAGAGCGUGCAUACGUCUGCCCGCUCUCUCUGCCCGUGUGCACGCGUUUUUGUGUGUACGUGUGUGUGUGAGAGAGCGAGAGAGCGUGCAUGUCUGCCCGCUCUCUCUGCCCGUGUGCACCCGUUUUUGUGUGUACGUGUGUGUGUGCGAGAGAGAGAGAGAGAGAGAGAGAGAGAGAGAGAGAGAGAGAGAGAGAGAGAGAGAGCAUGGUCGAUGCGAAAGCGUGACCAAUAAGGGGCGAGUAGUGCCGGAUAGGACGGGGAAAUUUCUUCUUGACGGUGUCGUAGUUGUUUUCCUCUGGAGUUAGAUUAAUUGAUUUUCUUGUACAGCUCUGCAUUUGAUUUCCAGCCUUAAUUUUUUUUUGUCAGAUCGGGUAAGUGAUGCUUGCUUUGGCAAGAAACGUUUUUCUUGCCGAUGAUCAGGCUGCGCUCCCGUAUAGUGUAGUUUGGCUUUCCAACCGUUGGAUGGCAUUUGGGAGUAGCAGAGGGAUGGGUGUGCCGUCUUUAUUGGCGGCAAGCAUACUUUCAAGGGAGCGAGAGUACGUUGGACAGGAUUGUGCCUUUCUGUAUCCGUGGCAAGUGUUGUUCAAGGGAAAGGGAGGGAAUAAGGUAGAUAAGGUUGUGCCUUUGAAGAUGAUCGGCGGCAAGUUGUACAUUCGAUGAGGAGCUGGAUUCUGCUGAGAUGGGCAACAGUUUUAUCGUGGUAGAUGACACUGGCGAGUCCUUUUUCUGUUUGCGGAUGGGCUUUUGUUAUGCCGUCGCCGCUGCUGCUGGGUCGUGCCAAAGCCACGCCCAUGACGCCUUCCGCACGGGGCUGGCAUUACGAACCAAUGCUUCACUGCUGCUGCUGCUGCUGCUGCUGCUGCUGCUCUCUCUCUCUCUCUAUGUUGUUCGCGCUAGAGAAAGUUUUUGGGACAUCUCAUUUACGAGAUGGAGGACUAUUGCUUCAAAAUCAGUUUUGUCAUCUUGACGGUCGUACGGUGAAUAAUGAUGCACGCGCUUGGAGUGGAGUACCGUUCUUAUGUUUGCGACAACUAGACCCGUACAUGGGUCGGUAUUUCAGCAGUUCAUGGGUGUAUCGACUGACCUACUAGGCCCGUGCGACCACGACUUUAUUAGUUUUAAAAAGGCUGGAAUUUUCCGGGGAGGAGCCCCCCUUUGUUGACUGAACGGGAGGAGGCUAGGAGAGGUGGUGGAUGGUGGUGAGGAGAGGAGAGAUGAGAUACGGCCGGGGGUUGAAGGACCCGUGUGAUGAAGGAAAGGAUCCUGAUAAAGUAUCGGAGGCUGCAUGUAAGGCAAGGCAUUGAUAAAAGUGUGGGAGGCAACAUGUAUAAGGCAAGUCAGUGAUAAAGGAUGUUGUCGUGCGAGAGAUCUUGAUUGUGAGUGUUGCUGUGUUGAUUUUUGUAUUGGCAAGGAGCACGAGCGAAGAGGAAUCAGGUGUGGUGUAUAUUUCAAGGAGUACAGGCCUCGCCGCACUGCUCACCAAGUGCACAAAUGCGGUGUAUGUAUAUUCUUAUGUACUUGCUUCACAUUCAUUCUCUCACUUUGCACGUUAGGAGGGUGAAUGGUGCGGCGAGGGAGGGCAUGCACACCACAAGUGGCAUCAUGUC